CUGUUUUAGAUCAACUCUGUCGCUCUCUUUUCAUCAUCUUCAUAAGUAUAAUAUAGCAACCCAGCCAUUGAUCACAAUUUCUUGAACACCGCACCUAGCUAGAGCCGGCCGUAGUCUGGUUCUGAUCACACUCAUUCCGCCGCUCAAUUUGUACUAUAAACUAAAUUAAUUUCCCCAAAUCAAAAAUUUCCCGGUAAUAACAUUGAAUGGCUCAGAUUCCAAAUUUGGAUAACUCUUCACUGGAUCUCAGAUCACUCAGGGAACAAUCUCAGAAAGAGCUUAUAAACAUCCUACGGAAUAUUAGAGGAAAUAAGUGUCUAGUGAUUGACCCAAAGCUUAGUGGCUCCCUUUCCUUGAUCAUCCAAACAUCGAUUCUCAGGGAACAUGGUGCUGAACUAAAGCAUCUUUCGGCAGACCCUGUUCAGACUGAUUGCACCAAAGUGGUCUACCUUGUUCGUUCUCGGUUUAAUCUGAUGAGAUUUAUAUGCUCUCAUGUCCGCCAUGACACCUCAAAAGGACUUGAGAGGGAGUAUUAUAUUUAUUUUGUACCUCGCCGUGAGGUUGUUUGCGAGAAGGUCCUGGAGGAGGAAAAAAUUCAUCAUUUGAUGACCAUAGGGGAAUACCCAUUAUACAUGGUUCCAUUUGACGAGGAUCUUCUGUCAUUUGAACUUGAUUACACCAACAAAGAUUUACAAGUCGACGGUGAUCCUAGCUCUCUUUGGCAUAUCGCAAAGGCUAUUCAUAAGCUCGAGUCUUCUUUUGGAGUGAUUCCACAUGUAAGAGCUAAAGGAAAAGCAUCAGUACGCGUUGCUGACAUUCUCACUCACAUGCAGACUGAAGAACCGCUUAACUCAUCCGAUAUGGGUGUUCCAGAGAUUAAUACACUCAUCCUUCUAGACAGGGAGGUGGACAUGGUAACUCCAAUGUGCUCUCAGUUAACAUAUGAAGGACUGCUAGAUGAGUUUUUGCAAAUCAAUAACGGUUCUGUGGAGCUUGAUGGGUCUGUAAUGGGUGUACAACAACAAGAGGGAAAGAAGAUGAAAGUUCCACUUAAUUCAAGUGACAAGCUGUUCAAAGAGACUCGGGAUCUCAACUUCGAAACUGUUGUCAAGGUCCUACGACAAAAAGCAACAUCUAUGAAGGAGGACUACUCAGAGAUUUCAACAAAUAACCAGACAGUAUCUGAGUUGAAGGAUUUUGUCAAAAAGCUUAACUCAUUGCCAGAAAUGACUAGGCAUAUUAAUAUUGCUCAGCAUUUGUCAACAUUCACAUCCAAGCCGUCUUUUCUUGCACGACUGGACAUGGAGCAUACACUCGUCGAUGGCGAGAACUAUGACGCAUGUUUUGAGUACAUCGAAGAAUUGAUCCAUAAGCAGGAACCUCUUAUCAAUGUUCUACGUCUACUCAUCUUGCUCUCUAUUACGAACUCAGGGUUACCCAAAAAGAACUUUGAUUAUAUAAGGAGGGAGCUACUCCACAGCUAUGGAUUUGAACAUAUAGCUACCUUGAAUAAUUUAGAAAAGGCUGGAUUGCUUAAUAAGCAGGUAGCAAGAAGCAACUGGGUAAAUAUCAAGAACAAUCUGCAACUUGUGGUUGAAGAUACUAACACUGCUAACCCAACUGACAUAAGUUAUGUCUUUUCUGGAUAUGCACCGCUGAGUAUUCGUCUUGUUCAGCAUGCUGUUCGAUCUGGAUGGCGUUCUGUGGAAGAUAUUUUGAGGUUGCUGCCUGGGCCACACUUGGAAACCAAGAGAGCUGGAUUCUCUGGCAGUCCGUCUUCCAACACUUUGAAUGGGACCGCAGCAACUGUUGGCAGAAUAGCUGAUGGAAGACGCUCCCUAGUACUUGUUGUAUUCAUUGGAGGGGUUACAUAUGCAGAAAUUUCUGCUCUCCGAUUUCUUAGUGCUCAGGAAGAAAUGGCAUAUGAUAUGAUUAUCGGAACGACAAAACUGGUGAAUGGAAAUACCUUGAUUGAGACAUAUAUGGAGCACAUGGGUUGAUUUUGUAAAUUAAUUUUCAUUUUAGUUUGCAAAUAAAUGUGAAUUUGACUGUUGUGUAACAUUAUUUAUAUGUUAACUGUAGUUUGUUUGCCAAUCAUUAAGGUCCUGGUCUGUGUUAUUUUGUGUUUAUUUGUAUAUCAUAUAAUUUAUUAAUUUGAUUCAGAAAGCUGUUUUUGGCUUA